AUGGCUAUGGUAGUUAUUACUGCUCCUGAUUCUGGCACUGGCAUCCGUGGAAUAGACAUAAUAUGGAUUCUAUCGGUCAGUUUUGCCUGUGCAACAGCCAAAGUACUCAUCCAUUCUUCAUUUUCAUUUUUCCACCACCUAUCAACUAAUAAUCCUGAAAAGAAAUUGUCCACUUCUGUUUCAGAAAAUGAUCAGUAUAAUAUAUUACACAAUAUUUUAAGUGAUUAUUUUCAGUUAAGUAUCAAUCUUGAUAAGUUAUAUAACCAAUGGACAACAGUUGAUGAAAACUUCGGUAAAGUAGCUAAGCAUUUUCCAGGUGUUAGAAUACUACGACAAGAUCCUACAGAAAAUCUUGUUUCUUUCAUCUGCUCUUCAAACAAUAAUAUUGCCAGGAUUACAAGUAUGGUAGAAAAGCUUUGUCAGAAAUACGGAUCCAAACUACUUGAAGUGAAUGGAAGGAUGUUUUAUAAUUUUCCUUCAUUAGAAGCUCUGGCGGGUGAGACUGUAGAACAAGAACUUAGAAAACUGGGAUUUGGAUACAGAGCUAAAUAUAUUAGUGAAACGGCAAAACAUAUCACUCUGAACCUUUCUCCUGAGUGGCUGGAAUCGCUAAGAAAAGUUCCUUAUGAAGAGGCUAGAACUGCCUUGAUGCAACUCCCAGGAGUUGGAGCAAAGGUGGCAGACUGUGUGUGCUUGAUGUCUUUAGACAAACCGGGUGCAAUACCUAUUGACACUCAUGUUUGGCAGAUCACAGUUCGAGAUUAUCUUCACCAUUUGAAAGCUACAAAAUCACUUACAGAUAAGGUGUACUCACAAGUUGGUAACUUUUUUAGGGAGCGAUUUGGAGAGUAUGCAGGCUGGGCACAUUCGGUCCUAUUUUCAGCAGAUCUGAAGAAGUUUAAAGAGAAGAAAACUUCCAAAUAAACAACAUUGUGACUUUUAAUUGACAACAAACUAGAGAUUUAAUGAAUCUAUGUAUUUUUUAAUACAAAUUUUAUUUUUAGUGAUAAAGAAUUUUUAUAACUAUUGAUGAGUUAACAUAAUUUUUGAUGAUCUGUGUAUUGAAUUCCAUAGACUGUUACAAUUAUCUGUUGGUUGUCAUAGUUUUUAACACGUGUUGUUAUGG